CGGUGUCUGAUGGCUGGCGUGUCCCCUCGGCCGGCUCUUUUCUGGAAUCAUCAUGAUUUCAAGAAGAAUGCCAAGAGUAAUGGUUUCUAUACCAUCGGCCGUAAGACUGGCCGGCCGAAUUGGUGUGAGACCAACUCAAGCAACAAGGGGACCCACGAGCGCUGGUUCUUCUUGGGGGGUCAUUCGAUCCACAAGUUCUCGACGUGGAGAGAGGUUGACCCCUCGAUCAUCACUACUCCCGUCCUUGUCGGCAAGGAUCUGGAGGACUUUGAAAAGCUGAGCAAAGUCCAGGAACCGAACCGGAUUUUGUUGUCGAUGAGUCGGGAGAAGGAGUGGCUUUUCACUCUUUGGGGUAGUGACGGUAUUCUUUCUUUUGCUUCAAUGCUUCUCCUUUAAUAGCCGAUUACUUUGCUUAAUAUUUUGUGCCGUUUUAACACUUGUUUUCUUGUGCAGUGUCUUCCCGAACUGAGGCCCUGAAGCGGAAAACCGCGAAGGCGAUGGCGGCCAGGAAGGAGGCCGAAGCAAAGGCUCGCGGUGAGACGACCGUCGGGGCCAUAGUUCAGGCCGAUGCUUCCAAGGAGAAGACUCCCGAGGUCGGUCGUGUUGAUGGGCCAGCCGAGAAAACUUCCGAGGUUGUGGAGGUUUCGGCUGUGGAUGUUCCCAGGAAGAGGAACAGGCCGGACGGCUCGUCUGAAGUCCGGCCUUAUGCCCCGGAGUGGUCGGUUCUGUCGACCGACUCAAUUGCGAUCCUUGCUCCUGACCGGAUUAAGGAUGUCGCAGGCGAUUUCUGCCGAUCGCAGAUCUUGCCGGCCGACCGAGGAACUUACGAGUCGGCGACGGCUCUGCAAGCGUGCGAGCAGUUGAUGUGCUUCUUAUCUCUGGCUUCUCCAUGGGCAGCGGCGGUGACCGAUAAGGUCCAGGAUAUGCAGAAGCAGAUGGCCGGGGUCAACGCCCUUACUAUCAGGGCCAAUCUUGCUGAAGAUACCCUGGCGGCCCUGAAGACGGAGCUGGACGCCGCCCACCAGGAUCUGAAGGACGUUCGGGAGUCCGAAGGCCGUCUGAAGGGUCAGGUCGACACCCUGACCAGGAGGGUUCAGCGCCGCAAUUUGGCGUUGAAAGCUGCCCGGAAGAAGGAGAAGAAGGCCAAGAAGCUCCUGGAGAAGACAGAGGAUCGGUUCCUCGAUAUCGGGUACGACGAGGCGGUUCGUCGGGCUCAUAAGGAAGGCCUGGAUCAUAAGCUUCUUCUGGAUGAAGGUGCUUCGGAUCCGGUCGGCCGUGAUGAUCCGGACGAGCCUCUGGUCGUUUCUUCUGAUCCCGAGACCGAUUACUCGGAGUAGUUUUCGGUAGUUUGCUUGCCUUCGGGCUUUUAUUUGUAAAAACGUUCUGCCUUCGGGCUUGUACAAAUAUUUCGCCUUCGGGCUUUUAAUUAAUUUUGCCUUCGGGCUUGCUUUCAAUACUUGGUUUAUCUCCAUACAUGUUU